AUGCGCGCACGGGUUUUAGUUUCCGAAACGUUUUUACAACUAAGAAUCCCCACGUGGCCUCUCUGCAAGUCCCUUCCGCGCGCCACCUUCUCAUCCGCCAUCGCGGAGCACAGCCCAGCGCCGCGUCUCUCUACUCUCCGCCGCUCCCCACACGCCAAUGAGUUAUCCGCCAGCGCCGUAUUAUCCCAAUAUGCCACGUCAUUCAUGAAGCGAUCCACGUCAGACGGCGCGGCGCCCUUCCGCGUCAGCAAACGUAGAGCCGUCACAACCAGCGCCGCGGGGGAAGCAGCGGGGGAGUCCGCGGGGGCGCAGGGCGCGCAGAGCAAGGGCGGGGAUGCGGGGCGGGUCGGGCCGUGGAUGCUGGUGGGGCUGGGUAAUCCGGGGAUGAAAUACGAGGGCACGCGGCACAACGUGGGUUUUGAGGUGAUAGACGCCAUAGCCAGAGCUGAGGGCAUAAGCCUGAGCGCCAUGCAGAGCAGGGCAGUGGUGGGCAAGGGGCGCAUUGCCGGGUGCCCCGUGCUGCUGGUGAAGCCGCAGACGUUCAUGAACCUCAGUGGGGAGAGCGUGGGUCCUUUGGCUCGCUUUUACAAGAUUCCACCUGAACGAGUCAUGGCUAUCUACGAUGACAUGGACCUGGACGUUGCUUCCAUGAAGCUUCUUGCCAAAGGGGGGCAUGGGGGACACAACGGCAUGAAGAGCAUCAUGCAGCACUUUCAGGGCUCCAGGAACUUCCCUCGCCUCAGAUUCGGCAUUGGGAGGCCACCAGGACGCAUGGAGGCCAAGGUGUAUGUGCUGCAGAAGUUUUCAGAUAGGGAGAGAGAAGAGGUGGAGGUGGCUAUAGAGAGGGCCGUUGAUGCAGUCCAUUUGGUGGCAGCAGAGGGAAUGGAUAAGGCUGUCAGCACGUGGAAUCUGCCGCGGCGGUCGUCUGCCAACACCAAGGCCUAA